GUGAUCAUGCCUGAACCAGCGAAGUCCGCACCUAAGAAGGGGUCCAAGAAGGCCGUUACUAAAACCGCAGGAAAAGGCGGCAAGAAGCGCAAGAGGUCCAGGAAGGAGAGCUAUGCUAUCUACGUCUACAAGGUACUGAAGCAGGUUCAUCCUGACACCGGUAUCUCCUCUAAGGCCAUGGGCAUCAUGAACUCUUUCGUCAAUGAUAUUUUCGAGCGUAUCGCCGGUGAGUCCUCUCGUCUCGCUCACUACAACAAGCGCUCUACCAUCACAUCGAGAGAGAUCCAGACCGCCGUGCGUCUGCUGCUGCCCGGUGAGCUCGCCAAACACGCCGUGUCUGAGGGAACAAAGGCCGUCACCAAGUACACCAGCUCCAAAUAAAUCCGUUGAAGCUUUCAACACCCCAAAGGCUCUUUUAAGAGCCACCCACCUUUGCGA